GGCCGGCGCAGUGGGUUGUUUCCGGGUUCGAGGGAGUAUUGUUGGUGGAGUCUUCCUGGGUGCUCCAUUAUAUUUCGCUUAUUCCAGUUUCCUCGUUUUAGACCCUUCCAAAAUGAACCGCUUCUUUGGCAAGUCGAAGCCUAAGGCGCCGCCUCCGAAUCUGACGGACUGUAUUGGCACGGUGGAUAGCAGAGCAGAGUCUAUUGACAAGAAAAUUUCUAGGCUUGAUGCAGAACUGGUGAAAUAUAAAGAUCAAAUGAAGAAAAUGAGGGAGGGGCCUGCAAAGAACAUGGUGAAGCAGAAAGCCCUGAGAGUGUUAAAACAGAAGCGAAUGUAUGAAAACCAACGAGAUAACCUCGCCCAGCAGUCUUUCAAUAUGGAGCAAGCAAAUUAUACCAUCCAGUCUCUGAAAGAUACAAAAACAACGGUUGAUGCCAUGAAACUGGGAGCAAAGGAAAUGAAAAAGGCUUACAAACAAGUAAAAAUUGAUCAGAUUGAGGACUUGCAAGACCAGCUAGAAGAUAUGAUGGAAGAUGCUAGUGAAAUUCAGGAAGCAUUGGGUCGUAGCUAUGGAACUCCAGAAAUUGAUGAAGAUGACUUGGAAGCAGAACUGGAGGCACUAGGUGAUGAACUUCUCGCUGAUGAGGAUAGCUCCUAUCUGGAUGAAGCUGCAUCUGUUCCAUCAAUUCCAGAAGGCACACCAACUGAAGCAAAAAACAAAGAUGGUGUCCUUGUGGAUGAAUUUGGGUUGCCACAGAUCCCUGCAACCUAACUCCUCUAAUUCAGUGGGAAUGCUGUUUUUCCUCUUACCAACUUCUUUACAAGAACACUUCAAGUGGUGAAGAUGUAACUUUCCAGCACCACUCAAUAUCACUACAUUAUGGAAUGUGAAGUGAAUGCUGAGUGAUAAAUUCCCUUCCUUUUGAAGACAUUUUAUUAUUAGCUUUUCUAUUAACAGCAAGAAAUUGGCACUGCUCUUUCCUUCGGCGGUAUCCAUUUACAAGAUUGGAAAUUUGGCUUCAUCACUCUGGCAGUGUUAUAGUAUUGUUAUGAAAAAUAUUUGGGGCUAUAUAUAGUUUUCUUUGAUUUAUAUUUCUCUGAACUACAAAGGGUAGUUGUGAUGGUAUUUCUUACAUUAACUUUAUUGUGCUUGCCUUCAUCAUACUUAUUUUCUAAUAUAACUUAAUUUUUUUCCUUUAUUGCUAGUAUAUUUGCUAUAUAGCCCUUAAGUGUAGCUGUGUAACAAAUAAAUGCAACGGGGAUUACUUUGUAUAAUUCAUUUUGACAUAAAUUAUGUACCAUGUAGGGUAGCUUGAUCCUAUUGUAUUAUUUUUCCUUUUAAAGGAGCAGUUCCUUUUGUCUCAGUUACUGUUAUAUACCAAGAUAGCAACUUUUAAAACAUGAUUGGUUUCCAACUUGCAAA